UCGCGUCGCUACGGGCUGGCGGCAGCGGGCGGCCUGGUCAGGGCUGCCGCGGCGUCCUCGCCGCUCUUCGCUCGCCCACGGCCGCCGGGCCCUCGCCCAGUCCCCCGCCUGGUUCAACACGACGGCGCGCGCGGCCCCGUUGGGCGGGGCGGUUCCGGGGAUGAGGAGGCGGCGGCGCGCCGAGACGAUGCUCGGGAGCUGAGAACACGCCGGCACACGGCGCAGCGCUCCGCCGUCGCGCCGACCCGCGGGAUGGCUCACCCGGCGGGCCCGGCGGGCCCGGCAGGCGGCGGGGAGCCCCGGGCGGAGCCAGCGGGCGGCGAGGAGCCUCCGGGCCCCGGGGCGUCUGGCGGCCCGCCGGACGCGCUGAGCCUGGAGGAGAUCCUGCGGCUCUACAACCAGCCCAUCAACGAGGAGCAGGCGUGGGCCGUGUGCUACCAGUGCUGCUGGUCUCUGCGCGCCGCGUCCGCGGGCCACCGCCAGCCCCGUCGCCGCGUGCGCUCAGCCGCGCAGAUCCGCGUCUGGAGGGACGGCGCCGUUACCUUGGCGCCCGACGAUGCGGGAGAGCCGCACCCAGCUGCGGGUAAAUUGGGAUAUUCACAUUGUACAGAAAUAGAGGUUAUUGAAUCUCUGGGAAUUGUUAUUUAUAAAGCACUGGACUAUGGUCUGAAGGAGAAUGAAGAAAGGGAGUUAAGCCCCCCCUUGGAGCAGCUCAUUGAUCACAUGGCCAAUACGGUGGAAGCUGAUGGCAGCAACGAUGAAGGCUAUGAGGCUGCAGAUGAAGGCCUGGAAGAUGAAGAAGAUGAAAAGAGAAAAGUCUCAGCCAUCCAGUCAUAUAGAGAUGUCAUGAAGUUAUGUGCUGCUCAUCUUCCAACUGAAUCAGAGGCACCAAAUCAUUAUCAGGCAGUAUGUCGGGCACUGUUUGCAGAAACAAUGGAGCUACACACGUUUCUGACUAAAAUUAAGAGUGCAAAGGAGAAUCUUAAGAAGAUUCAAGAAAUGGAAAAAAGUGAUGAAUCUAACACAGACCUGGAAGAGCUGAAAAACGCUGACUGGGCUCGAUUCUGGGUUCAGGUGAUGAGGGAUUUGCGGAAUGGAGUAAAACUUAAGAAGGUCCAAGAGCGGCAGUACAACCCUUUGCCCAUUGAAUAUCAGCUCACGCCUUAUGAGAUGCUAAUGGAUGAUAUUCGAUCCAAAAGAUACACUUUGCGAAAAGUAAUGGUCAACGGUGAUAUUCCCCCUCGGUUAAAAAAAAGUGCUCAUGAAAUCAUCCUGGACUUCAUCAGAUCAAGACCCCCUUUAAAUCCGGUCUCAGCCAGAAAACUGAAACCCACUCCACCACGGCCACGGAGCCUCCAUGAAAGAAUAUUAGAAGAAAUCAAAGCAGAAAGAAAGCUGCGGCCCGUCUCACCAGAGGAGAUUAGACGCAGCAGAUUAGAUGUAACUACCCCUGAAUCUCCAAAGAACAUUGUGGAAUCAUCGAUGGUGAAUGGAGGUUUAACAUCACAAACGAAAGAGAAUGGAUUGAGUGCUGCACAGCAGGUGCCUGUACAGCGGAAGAAGCUCCUCAAAGCUCCAACUCUGGCUGAACUGGACAGCUCUGACUCCGAGGAGGAAACUCUACACAAGUCAACCAGCAGCAGCAGUGUGUCUCCCUCCUUCCUUGAAGAUCCCUUAGUAGAGGCUGUGUCCACGAGGAAGAAGCCUCCAAAAUUCUUGCCCAUAUCAUCAACACCCCAGCCAGAGAGACGGCAGCCACCCCAGAGACGACAUUCCAUUGAAAAGGAAACACCCACUAAUGUAAGACAGUUUCUGCCACCAUCCAAGCAGAGCUCCCGAUCUCUUGUUCCUAGGAUAACCAGUGUUUGGCCCAGGACGCCUUUCCGACCACCUUUUUCUACCAUACAAACAGCCUCUCUGCUCAGCUCUCAUCCUUUUGAAGCAGCCAUGUGUGGGGUAGCAGGGGCUAUGUAUUAUCUGUGUGAGAGAGCUUUUGCCAGCAGGUGGACGUCCUCAAAGGAGGAAUUCUGCUAUCCAGUGGAAUGCCUCGCUCUCACUGUGGAGGAAGUGAUGCAUAUUCGUCAGGUCCUGGUGAAGGCAGAGCUGGAAAAAUACCAACAGUAUAAAGAUGUCUACACCGCCCUGAAAAAAGGAAAGCUCUGCUUUUGUUGCCGAACCAGGAGAUUUUCCUUCUUCACCUGGUCUUAUACCUGUCAGUUCUGUAAGAGGCCGGUGUGUUCACAGUGUUGCAAAAAGAUGCGGCUGCCCUCCAAACCAUACUCCACUCUUCCCAUCUUUUCAUUGGGACCUUCUGCCUUGCAAAGAGGGGAAAGUUGCAUGAGGCCAGAAAAGCCUGCCACUGGCCACCAUCGGCCACUCCGGAGCAUUGCCAGGUUCCCGUCCAAAUCUAAGUCUGUGGACAAAUCCGAUGAAGAACUACAGUUUCCCAAAGAGCUGAUGGAGGACUGGAGUACUAUGGAGGUGUGUGUAGACUGCAAAAAGUUUAUUUCGGAAAUCAUCAGUUCGAGCCGGCGCAGCCUGGUGUUGGCCAACAAAAGAGCCCGCUUAAAAAGGAAAACACAGUCCUUCUACAUGUCCUCCCCAGGCGCCUCGGAAUACUGCCCUUCAGAGAGGACUAUCAAUGAAAUCUGAGCCCGUGCCUUUCAGUUGCUUUGUGUUCCGAGUCGGCACUAGCGCGGGAGAACACUGAGCUGGGCUGUCUCUCCUUGCCGUGGUCUUAGUUAAUAGGCUUGAAUUUGCAUUAGAUCAGGUUUUUCCGCAUCACGUUGUUCCACAGACUCAAUGCUGUGUUCAUCUCGAUUGAUGGUACGUGACAGGUCAGCCAGUUGCUCGUCUGCACCAAGAGAGAACAAUAGUUUGAAACUUGCUUGUGUGUGUGUGUGUGGAGUUGGAGGCCAGAGACUUUUUCCUUAGUUCAGUUCCUUACUGUUCCUCAGAUCAUUUCCUGACUAAGGCAAAAAGCUUCUCCCGAGAGAAAUCGGCCUCACAACGGUGUCGAUGUUCACACAGUUCUAAGCAGUAAGUCAUAUUGGCAUCUCCACCCGACAGUGUCCCUACCUAAUGGACACAGUGGCCGGGCCCUGCCACAUACCAGGUCCCGGGGUCGCCGGGCCAGGCUGUGUAUCUGCUCACCGCACAAAACCUGGAAGGAUUUGCUCCUAUCAAACUGAUUUUAAAUUAUUGUUGCUCUGCAGAGGGACUUCAUGCCUGCAUUCUAGUACAGAACAUCUGGGUAAGCUGUACACCCCAGUGGGGGACCAUUUCCUCUGAGCCGCUGUGUUUGCCCUGGUGCCACGGAUCAGUGUCUCCUGAGUGGGUGACAGGUUUUCAUUCCCUAUCUUGAAUGUAUUAUGGUUACCUGUGGUUUUGUAACAGAGGUCUGAGAAUUAAAGUUUGUGGGAGUUUCAGGACAAAAGAAGGCUAAAAGUUUGUCAAGAAGUCGAGUGUAUUUUGGUUAACUGUGAGAAGGGUUGUGACAGCGUAGGGUGCCGGCCAUUGCCACACUUCGGGGAAUGAGCUGGAGCUCAUCCGUUUUCAACUACACUUUCCAUAACUUUAUAGUCUUAGCCAUCACAACUAAAUUAAGCCACAAUUUGGUACCUAAGGUCUCAAACUGAAAUUUAUUUAUUUUUAUAAAUGAAUUUUAAGGGGAAAAAACAUUGUCUAGUUCUUUUAAAAUUACAAGAAAAUUAACCUGCUGAUCGACUUUUUGGAUGCUUUUUGCACAAGUUUUCCUUGCAAACGACUGGAGUGAGUAGGGUGGGUUUUUGGUGGAGGUAGGUUGGAGGGUAGCAGUGUACCCCUGAAAUUUCUCAGCUUGUUUGUCCCAUGCUAGGAGCUGUCCUUUGUUAUUUUAGUUAUGCUUAGAAAUGACCAACCAAUCAAAUUGCCAUUGAUGUUUGGAAAAUUGGUUAAUGCACAUGCACAAGAGUUUCCUAAAAGCUAUAGGACACAUCUGUAGUCAGCACUGCAACAACACCAUUUAAUAAAAGGCAUGGCAGUCACAUUUCAUUCCACAUCCAAGCAUAGUAACAUUUUUAUAUUAGAUUAACAGUAAUACCUCAAAACUGCUCUGGUAGUAGUUUUUAAUGGAUUGAAAUUUACAAUUUAGUAAAUGGCUUAAAAUUACUUAUACUUAUGAAAUAAACUUUACCAAUUGACUAAAAUAAUGCAUGUUAACAGUUCGUCUGUAUUUGCAUGUAAACAUGAGCCACCAGAGAACCCUUCUUCAUUUUGCACAUGUUUAAAUUAUUUUAAAGACUCUCCUGUAAGAGAUUUAAACAUUAUAUGGGGUGAAUCUCAUUUAUAAAAUUUUCCAAGGGGCUAUUUGGACUCUAUACCCCAGAUGGUUUGGUGGAAGCCACACACCCUUUGAGGGCCCAAGGUUUGGGCCUCGAAAUGACUCCCGGGAGAGGCACUGGUAUUUGUGUAGGUACAUAGACAUGACCCACGAUAGUAGGCUUUUUUAAAUAAUGACUAGUACUGCUAUUACUAAAACAUAAGAAACUAAGCCCCUAAAAUGAGAGUUUCAUUCACAUUUACAAGGCAGAUACCUAGCCCAUCUCAAUCUUUGGCUUCACUCCUUCAGGUUUAUGAUGCUGUCUAGGCUGAUUAGGGCAUUAUGAUCACUCUUACCAGAGCAUUAGAAUGUGAAUCCUUCAGCAGCAUUAACGAGGUUUGUCAAGUGGGUGGGAGGUCUACAUGAGACAGUUCGCAGUGUGAGAGGAAGACACGUGACACGGUUAAAAGUGUAGAAAUCGAAUUAGCAUCACUUUUUAUUGCCAAAACAAUUUCUUACAGUUUCUCCCAUAUCCAUGACAUGUACCCAACACCUCAACUAAAUUAGGUAAUUCCCAGAGAGUAAUUCACUAACAGCUUAUGGAGCAUGGUUUUACCCUUGUAACCUUAGUCUGAAUUUAGGCCUCUCUUCCUCUUCUUAAUACUAAAAUGACAUGCCUUCACAGUAUUCCUUUUUUUCCUGGUUUCCGGCUAUUCAGCAUUUACACGUGAUCCAACAACACCAGAUCGGCUAGCUGGUCAGAAGGAGAUGUGUCUGAGAGCUCGCGUGCACACCUGAGCAGAGCCCUUGGCACAUCCUCCAGUACCUGCCCCUUUUGUCCCAGACUUCAUGAGCUUGCCCUGCUGGGAGAGCAUUCCUUCCCCACAGCUUACCUUUCUACCAGUGUCAGAGUAGAUAAGAAUGCUUGUAAAUACUGUAAUAUAUUUAUUAAUAUUUGAAAGGCAUUCAUUCAGUGGACAAUGGGAAUUAACUCUCCCAGGACAAGUAAAAAUGAAAUAAUUGAUAUGUACAUUGACCUAACAGUCUUACUAGAUUUCGCCCAUCUUAAGUCUUUCAAAUUAAACCAGAAGGUUGUUAUGUAGGAGUUUUAAAAAUGAUCUUACCUUUGAAGAGAUGAUGUGAUUAGCACCGUGAACUCAUACCAUGAAUUUUUUAAGGCUUUUAUUUUUCUAACUGUAUUAAUAAAUAUAGCAGUUGGAUUUUCGGGGUCACAUAGGAGACAUGAAAGUUUUCAAUUAUGUUGCUAUUUACUAAAGCAAAAUGGCAGAAAAUUUUGUUCAUGCCGGACUGUUCGAAGAGCCAUGGAGAAAUGUGUACACUGACUGGACUUUGACCUGGCUUCCUGUGUGUAUGAAAGUCAAGGUAUCGCUGGCAUUCAGGGUGACUUGACGGUACUAAACAUUUUCCAUUCAAGUCUUUUAUUUUAAAAUUUAGGGGAAAAUAAAAUGGCUUUCCAUCAUAACUUCUGUGUGGAGUUCCUAUUGUACAAUGGUGUUGUCUUUUGGUAACUAGCCGUCAGAAGCCACCUAGGUUAGGAAGGCAAGAGACUUGCAUCAUCAGAAGUUACGAUCCGGUUGAGAUCGACACUCUGACAAGGACCACACUAGAAAAAUUUUAAAAAGGGGCACCUGGGUGGCUCACUCCAGUUAAGUGUUCAACUCUUGAGUUCAGCUCAGGUCAUGAUAUCAGGGUCGUAGGAUCAAGCCCCACGUCAGGCUCUGUGCUCAGCGGGGAGUCUGCUGGAGAGUCCCUCCCUCUGCCCCUCCCCCAGCUUGUGCUCUCUCUCUCUAACUAAUAAA